AUGGUCACUGCCUACAAUCGAGAGGUCCAGGACAAGGUCACUCAAAUCAACAGCGUGCCCUCUUCGCUACCUAGUGACGUAGAGGCGGAUGUCUGCAAUUCUUGGGCCACGUACUCCGAGAAUCAAAAGCACCUGCGGUCGGUUCUGAUUUACAAGCAUGCACUCUUGGGAGUAGCGGGAUUGAGCGACCCAGUGCUACAAUUGGUACGCGCUGAUCAGUCCGCUAAUGAUCAAUACACCUUUGACCUGUUCAAGCUCGCCUCCAGCUGCAGUGAUUCUCUGGAAGUUAAGCGGAACGAGUUAUCAGAUUCAUACAGCGAGGCUAUUUAUGUGUAUGGGUCAUGAAUAAGACAGUGU